AUGGAAUUCAACAAAGGAUUAAACUCUAAUUGUGAUGAUAAUAAUGACAAUUGUCGAAUGGCGAAAGCAUCAGCCUGCUACUACGUUUGUUAUAAAGAAGCAGGUCGAUCUGUUAAAGAUAAAUCACAAAUGAUAAUAAGUUUUCCAUGGAUUUUUACGCCAUUGUUAUUACAAAUCAAAAAUUCAAUGUCCACAAUAAGAUUUAGUAUUGAUGUUAAAAUCAAAUAUAAAGUACGGAUACGAUUCUUUACGCUGACCAAUGAUGCCAUUGUUCAACUAAAACAUUAUUACAUAAUGGGCACAAAGGCACACAUAAUAGUUCCACAAGAUCAUAUCAUUUUCAUUCAAAUUGUACAUAACAUGUUACAUGCACAGAAUGUAUUUGGUGUUAAACGUAAUGAAGAUGGUACAAAAUCAUUCAUUAAUGAAAUGAUAUGGAAUAAAUUGAUAAUAAGAUAUCUAAUCUCGUAUAGCUUGAGAAAUGAAAUGUUGUUAACAUCGUCGAACAUAAUGACAAACAAUGACAAUGCACAUUUAUGGCAUUUGCAAUGGAUGUGCACUGCUGAUGAAGAAGAAUGUACAACGAUAGUUUAUAAUAAUUCAAUGAAAACAAUGUAUUUAGAAUUGAUUAACAUGUGUUUAAAUUCCAUUACAGAUGAUGAUAAUAAGAUUGAAAUGACAUAUCUAUGCGAAUAUCUUCUAAAUGGUCUAAUCACUAUGGAAAUUGGCAAACGAAUCCAAUAA